GAAAAGGUCCCAUUUCAGGAACCAGGGGCACAGAAAGGUUUCGUUCAGAAGAACCCUUCUAUGUUAACCCUUUACCAGAUUGUUUGUGUAAGAAGGAAUUGCCGAUGCAAGCAACUGAGUAAUGGUCUCAGAUAUUGCAAUGCAGUGCUCUCGAAAAAAGUUCCUCUGCUGCAGGGUGGUGACACAUCAUUCUUUCCAAUUUAUUAAUGUAACUCUACAAGCUAGUGUUAUGAUAGGCAUAGGGACGCGGAUGUAUAUGUAUAUCCUGAGUUUAGGUAUAGCUGGGUUGGUAUAUCAUAGUGUUGGAGAGGAAAACGCAAGAGUGUCAUGUCAGGGAUUGAAAUGACGGAGACAGCGAGACGGGGCCUUCCAUCUAUGACCAAGGCAUCGUUUCUGUGCUUUGCGAAGUUGGCCUGUUUUUGAUUUUCAAGGAUUUGAUAAAAUGAUUCAUUGGGGUUACUGUACUGUACUUUGAUUUCUUCCAUUACCUCUGCCCUAAGAUAUCCUACUCUUGGUGCUACAAUUGGUUGCAGUAAAAUUGAAGUUGAUGCUGAUAAUGAGGACAUGCUUAAGCGGAGGAGCAUUCUUACAUGCUUUGGUGCCACUGUCGGCUUGGAAUUAGUAAGAAGCUCAGGAACAUUUGUUGAAAUGGCUGAGGCUGCUGAUUUGAUACAACGAAGGCAGCGUUCUGACUUUCAAUCAAGUAUCAAAGAUACCUUAUAUAAAGCUAUAAAGGAAAAUCCAGAUGUUAUCCCUUCCUUACUCACUUUGGCAUUGAAUGAUAUUAUGAUCUAUGAUAAGGUUUCGAAAUCUGGGGGCCCAAAUGGAUCUAUCCGAUUCAGCUCAGAGAUCAGCAGACCUGAAAACAAGGGACUUGUUGGUGCUUUGAAUUUAGUAGAGGAAGCAAAGAAGGAAAUUGAUUUGAAUUCCAAAGGGGGCAUUUCCUACUCUGAUCUGAUCCAAUAUGCAGCACAAAGUGCCAUUCAGCAAACCUUUCUAGCUUCUGCAAUUCGCAAAUGUGGAGGAAACGUUGAGAAGGGCAGUUUGUUAUACACUGCAUAUGGUUCAAAUGGUCAGUGGGGAUUAUUUGAGAGGAAUUUUGGAAGGACAGAUACCCAAGAGCCAGAUCCAGAGGGAAGGGUUCCCCAGUGGGACAAAGCAAGUGUUCAAGAAAUGAAAGACAAGUUUUCUGCAGUUGGCUUUGGCCCCCGCCAGCUAGCUGUUAUGUCUGGAUUUUUGGGUCCUGAUCAGAUAGCCACAGAAACUUUAUUAGCCACUGAUCCAGAAGUUUUGCCGUGGGUUCAGAAGUAUCAGCGCAGCAGGGAAACAGUGUCAGAAGCAGAUUAUGAGGUUGAUCUGAUAACUACGCUCACAAAGUUGAGUGGUUUGGGCCAACAUAUCAAUUACGAGGCGUAUACCUAUCCAGUCAAAAAAGUUGAUCUCAGCAAACUCAAAUUGUGAAGAGUAUCAGAUGCUUAUUAGAGCAGUUUCAACUCUAGCCAGUCAAUCAUUUAUUCUUGCAGUAAAUUCAUAGGAGAGUUGGCUCAAACUUCAUAACUAGCUGAAAAGUUAUGAAAAUUAACAAAUAAAUAUGUUUGUGUACAGGAUGGUGCAUGCGUGUAUGUGAUAGAAAUUCAAAACACUAUAUAAUGAGUAAUGCUAGAUGAAUCAUCUUUUUGGUA